UUGUCAUAUUAAACGUCGACAAAGAAACAUCAAAGAGCGACGGCAAGAGUUAAGCAUUCAACAAGCCUUUGACUCAAACAAACAAUGAAUCGUUCUGGAAACCGCGGAAAACGACGACGACGAACGCGUGCCGAAGAUGCAGCUGUAAGCUGUCGCCUUCUGUGUGAUGAGGGAAAUAAUCAAAUGAAGAUUGGCAAUGAACAUAAAGCUAUGUCGUUAUUUGCGAAGGCACUUGAAAUUUGUCCUACAGACACAAAUGCUUUAAUUGCUCGAAGUAACUGUUAUUUGCAACUUGGAGAACCAAACAAGGCCCUCGAGGAUGCCGAAACUGCUAUAAACGCUGAUAAAACGAACAUUCGUGCAAUUUAUCAAAAGGCAGAGUCACUUUACUAUUUGGGACAAUUCGAGCAUAGUCUCAUGUUUUUCCAUCGUGGACAUAAAAUUCGCCCGGAAUUAAAGAAUUUUCAAUUAGGGAUUCAAAAAACUCAAGAAGCUAUUGAAAAUACAAUUGGAGCCCAAGUUCGAGCACCCGUAAGUCGUGCAAAAACAGCUGGCGGCAAGAAACGCAGCUCAAAAGCCGAUCCCGAGAGAAUUGCCGCGCGAAAAUUAUUGGGAGAGCUCUUCGUGGACAAGGAAUAUCUCGAAAAACUCCUCAAACAUCCGGAUCUCGUGAAAGCAGACACCAAAACGGAAAAUGUCUCCGAAUUGGCACAGGAUGCCAUUAAUUUCUUGAACAAUCGUCAAGAGUUUUGGCGUCAACAGAAAAAGUGUGGCGGCAUGUUUUCGGACAAAAAGUUGCUUAACGACACGGAAAAUGUUCCGGGAUGGCUUUAAAAAGGCGUUUUUUGAUGUUGUCUUAAAUGUUGUAGCUUUGCACAUUGUUAGUGUUUUAUGUUACUCGCUUAAUUGCAAGAAAAAAAAUGAA